GCGGGCAUGGCGGAGCUGAGCGGCGGCAGCGAGGCCGUGGCCGUGGAGCUGUGGCCGCCCGGGGAGGCCCCGCCGGCCUUCCAGUACAGCCCCGACAGCGUGGCCGGAGCGGACGGAGAGCUGGACCCCAGUGAAGUCACCUUCCCUGGCUGCUCGUGCCGCAGCAGCUCCUGCACACUGCCCCACUGCCCCUGCCUGCGCCGAGGGCACAACUACAGCAGCCUGGGCCUCAGGCUGCCCGAGCAGCAGGAGCAGCCCUUCUCCAGGCCCGUGUUUGAGUGCAACAGCCUGUGCUGCUGUGGGGAGAGCUGCCAGAACAGGCUGGUGCAGCGGGGGCUGCAGCUGCGGCUGCAGGUGUUCCGCACGCCGAGGAAGGGCUGGGGAGUGCGCACGCUGGAGCCCAUCCCCAGGGGCAGGUUUGUGUGUGAGUAUGCUGGGGAGGUGCUGGGCUUUGCUGAGGCCCAGAGGAGAAUCCAGGCCCAGAGUCCAGAGGAGCCAAACUACAUCAUAGCAGUGAGGGAGCACCUGCACGAUGGGCGCGUCAUGGAGACCUUCGUGGAUCCCACCCGCAUCGGCAACGUGGGCAGGUUCCUGAACCACUCCUGUCAACCCAACCUGUUCAUGGUGCCCGUCAGAGUUGACUCCAUGGUGCCCAAACUGGCACUUUUUGCAGCUGCUGAUAUUUCUGCUGGAGAGGAACUUUCAUAUGAUUACUCUGGAAGAUUCCAUAAUUCACCAAGAGCUAGCAGAGAGCACAAACCUCCGGAGGAAGAGAACAGCCUGAGAAAGCCUUGCUACUGUGGUUCCCGCACGUGUGCUUCCUUCUUACCUUGGGACAGCUCCCUCUUCUCCACACCUGCGAGUUCUCCAUAGCCUUUCAGCCUUAAACACACCUAAAAACUACUAUUUUCUCUAGCAAAGAGUUCUAUCAAACUCCUUGUUCUGUUCCAACAAGGAAGGACGUGAGGUGUGAGGAGCAGCAAAGAGACAAGGUCUCAAGAAUUAAUUUUCUGCAAAACCCUUUUCAAGGUGGACAGUACAUGGGAUUAUUGGAGCUUUGAGAUGUUCCAAAAUCAGUGACUAAACCAGGCCUGGUGGUUUUGUCUGGUUUUCCUCUGACAGCUUGCUGUAUGUUAAAGCAGCUCUCUCGGUUUGAACCCUUCAGAAAGAAUUUCUACCUUUAACACUUUUGCAUGGACAGGACAUGUGAUAACAGCAAGUAAAGUUACUGCCAGUGGCACAAGAAAAUGACACCAUGAACCUUGACCCUUGCAAGAAAGGCAUUAAGCUUCUUAAAAUCCAUUAAAUUAUUGUUUUUAAAUUA